CUAUAAAUGAAAAGCCUGGCUGGGUUUAAAUCUUCACCUUUCCUCUGAGAUUUUUAUUUUCUUGCCCUCUUAGAUUCCAUCGUCUCCCUAUUCCACGCGAUAAAAAUCUGCUUCCGGGAUCCAGUGAUGUCGAAGUCAGGAGCUCUGGAUUUUGCUUCUGGGGUGGGAGGAAGCAUCGACAAGAAGGAAGUUCAAUCGGCAGUGGAGCAGUAUGAGAACUAUCAUGGCUAUUUUGGAGGGGAUGAGGAAACAAGAAAAGCCAACUAUAAUGACGUGGUAAGCAAGUACUAUAAUCUUGUAACAAGCUUCUAUGAAUAUGCCUUGGGAGAAUCCUUCCACUUUGCUCCCCGAUGGAAAGGGGAAUCAUCACAAGAAAGCAUGAAGCGCCACCAGCAUUUUCUUGCCCUACAACUAGGCUUGAAAAGGGGAAUGAAGGUUUUGGAUGUAGGUUGUGGAAUUGGUGGACCACUACGGGAAAUUGCUAGAUUUAGCUUGGCAUCCAUUACCGGAUUGAACAACAACGAGUACCAGAUAUCAAGAGGCAAGGUGUUAAACCAGCUAGCAGGAUUGAGUGAGUCUUGCAACUUCGUUGAGGCCGACUUCAUGAAAAUGGCAUUCUCCGAUAACACUUUUGAUGCGAUAUAUGCUAUAGAAGCAACAUGUCAUGCACCAGAUGCGCUUGGCUGCUAUAAGGAGAUUAUAAGAGUACUGAAGCCUGGCCAGUGUUUUGCGGCCUAUGAGGGGUUAAUGACCGAUCACUUUGAUCCGACGAAUGAAAGUCAUCAGAAAAUUAAGGCUCUAAUCGAGCUUGGUAGUGGUCGCCCUGACAUAAGAACUGUAAACCAAUGCCUUGAAGCCUUAAGGCUUGCUGGAUUUGAGGUCGUAUGGGAGAAGGAUCUUGCAUUAGAUUCUCCUGUGCCAUGGUAUUCGUCCUUGGAUCCGAGUCAGUUCUCCAUAUCAAGCUUUCAAAUGACUGCUGUUGGACGUUUCAUUAUCAAAACUAUGCUUAAGACACUAGAAUUUUUGCGUCUUGCUCCGGCGGGAAGUGGGAGAGUAUCAUCAUUGCUGGAAAAGGCUGCUGAAGGGCUUCUGGAAGGUGGAAGGAAAGAAAUUUUCACCCCGAUGUACUUCUUCCUUGCCCGGAAGCCCCUUUGAUAAUUUCGUGGAGCAGCUUCGUCAGCCAUGGCUGCUACUUAACGACGGGGGAUUUGCCAUGAUUCUAUCUAUAUAUGUUUUCCUUUUCCUUUUCCUCUUCCUUAUGGUUGCUGAAUAUUAUGUUAGCUUGCCAUCUUGUGGUCUUCUGUAAUUGCUUCUAUCAAGUAUAUGUUCUUUUGGCUCUUGUUACUCCACCAAGGGCUUUGUUAGUGUUGUACGUCUUUGGGUGCCAUAGAAUGAAGACAGGUCGUGGCAAUAUGGCCAUAGAACUCCUUUUCCA